UAUGGCUUUCGAUUCGUAGAACGCAUGAAUAAACUCACAAAAAUUUCUAUUGUUUAUAGAAUGUGUGGUGAAAAAACAUUUUACGGAUUUGCCAGUGGAAUAGUGCUGCGCAAUGAUGCCGCGACUGUCAGAUUUACUUCAACAAUGUUUAAUUCUUGUCUCUAAUAAUAAGGGUAAGAUGAGCAAUGAGAGAUAAUAAUUCCAAGAUAAACCAUCUAUUUGUGAAAGAUUUUACUGCCAAAUUUGUUUUAGAAACAUCGUCUUUGACGCGCACAAAGAGAUAAGAUUCUCUGCCAGAAAGAAGGAAUUCGUUUUGCUAUUGUUUUGAUUGUGACUAUUCCUGAAACAAUGCCACAGAAAAUGGAGAUGGAAGGUAAUGUUGAAAAACGACGAUAAAAAAAAACAUCAAUCGUAGGGGUCUUUCUUUUGCCUUCCUCUUCACGUAACUAUUAACUGCGCAUUUGACUAGAGAAAAAGGAUGUAAAAGGUCGCUAUUUCGGUAUUUUCAAUUCUGGAACGCUCACCCAAGCAGCUUCUUUUUUUUAAUCGCAUUGAAACAAGUGAUAGACGCCUGUGACCAAGAUAAACCACUCAUUACCUUGUUCUCGUUCCAACCAUGGUGUCUGUUUCGAACCAUUGGAAACAGCUGAUUGGAUGCGUACUUGGUAUUGCUUUGUGUACGGAAUAGCAGACGAAAGCCCAGCAGCAACACUGCCACGCCCAUUUGUUAAAAUGCACACGACAAUGACGUAAGCUUAUGUAAAAGAUUUUGUAAGAAUAAAUUGUAAAUUAUCUAAUGAAAUUCCUGAGUCAUUAUGUAUGAUAGUUCAAUUGAAAGUUAUGGAAUCAGUAACUCAGUUGUAAUGUAUAGUGACCGCUCUCUUGGUCUACAAUCCAAGAGCAAUGCAGUAUAGUUUUGUUUAUUAUGAUUGUUAUUGAACAUGUCUUCCCGUGUGGUCUUCCGUAGAGUUUGGAAUUCCGCAGUAUGCCGUAUGAAGUGCAUUCAUUUGGAAAUACUUAAAGACGCAUAGUUUGGAGAGUUUUAACUCGAGUGAUUCGUAAAUCAAUUGUAUUUAAAAUGUCCCAGUUAUACUGGGCUUACAAAAGUGUUAUUAAAUAAGAAUAGCGAGUCGCAGAAAUCUGCGAUGCCUCUACAACAAAUAAGUGUUUCUCCUCUGGAAUGGGGGAAAGAACAGACUACUAGAACUAGUCAUGACUGGAAAUUACAGUGGGAGACUCUUGAAAUGUCAGGAGUAGAACGUCGGAAGUUGCUGUGUUCUGUCACUUUUCAUGCAGUGGCCUUAACUUGUGUUGUUUGGUCACUGUAUGUCUUGAUAGAUCGUACAGCAGAAGAAAUACAAAGAGGUCUUCUUGAAUGGCCUUUCUGGACAAAGUUGAUAGUAGUUGCCAUUGGAUUUACUGGGGGUCUAGUCUUCAUGUACAUUCAGUGUAAGGCAUAUUUGCACCUCUGUCGACGAUGGCGUGCCUUCAACAGAGUUAUUUUUGUGCAAAAUGCUCCAGAAAAAGUUGCCUUACCAUUGUGCUCAGGUCAGGCUCCUUUAGCACAAGAAGAGUCAGCCCUGGUCUCAGAGAUGUGCUGUGGAAGUGUUCUUUCUGAUAGCAGCAGAGGAAAACAAGUUGAUCCUCUCACAGAAACGGGAAUAAGUUUGUCAAUAUCAGAUAAUAAACAAGAUGUUAGUACUUACCUCAAAGAAGAUGCAGUUAUUUCAGAUACAGCAGUAACUGUCGGAAGCAUGAGCAAAAGUGAUUGCAGGGAUGAAAUGUUAAAUAAUGUGAUCUGUGACAAAUCAAAUACUUUUGAAAGCUCCAUUUCAAAAACUGGAGAUGAUGGUGUUGGUAUCCUGAAAUCAAGCAAUUCCAAUGAAUCCUACAAUUUUAUGAAAAGGAUGGACACUUGCAGUAGAAAGUUCUUGUAUGACGAUGUGAAUGGUGAAUGUGGAGAAAUGAGUCAUCUACUGCAGUGUGAAGAUAAAAGCCAUGGUGCAGUGAGUGACAGCCAAUCAUCAGGUUUCCUGUUGCUUCCGACCACACUUACACCACCUUCCAAGAGACUAGUGUUAAGUAACUCUGUUCAUGAAAUGCCACAAGGUACUGCGGUGAGCCCUAGUAGCAGUGAGGAAUCUUUCCCUUCUCCAUCCGUCCGUCUGCUACAGCCUGCCCUGCAGAGGCCCUGGGCAGUCGGAUCCCCUGAGCAGCCACUGUCUUCUUUGGGCUCCCAGUCUCCGCUCUUGUCAAAACCUGUGAUGAAGGACAAUUCUUCAAGUACAAACUAAAUGGUCUGUUUGUAUGCAUUGUUACCUUCCACUUAUCUUCUUGAAAGUACUUAAAAGCAUACACUAGAUUUAGCAAACGUUUGGGUAAGAGAAGGUGCAAUUAUGUGCCAUUUUAUACUUUGUAGUUUGUGAUUUUCUUGAAUUGUUGCAUUCACAGUCGUGUGAGUACUUAAAUUCAUAAUUCAUAAACUGAAUUGUUAAAUAUACAUAUGACUGAAGAUUUAGAUUAACUUAUUGUACUUAUCUGUGAUGUAAAGAAAUUGUAUAAGCGUCCUUUAUAUUUGCUAGUGCGUUGUAAUGUUAUGCUAUUGCCAAAUGGCACUUAUGCGUAUUUGAGUGGUAUUGACAUAGUUUUGUAAUGGUGCCAAUAUACAUACACAUUAAACUGUUAUAUCAAAUCCUUUAUCUUGUGAGUGUGUGUUCUUGAGCUAUAAAAUAGAGUAUGCUUAUGUCUUCUAGAAAGAAAUGAGAUUAUGAAGUUUUAGAAUGUUUGUCCCUUAAAGGGAUCAGAUUUGUGAUAUUUGGAGCUCAUUUUCAGAAUGAUAUACUGUACACUGUAUUGCAUGUAAAAUUCAGAGUUAAAGCUAGUUAAAUAUUGUUUUACAACAAAAUCUUAUUUAGUCUUAUUUGCUAAAAGGCUCUUGGAUGCAUUUUUCUUAUGAUAAAUAGUAAUAUAAACUAGUGUAAUAUGCAUAAGAGGAAAUAAAUUUUCCAAAGCAAUACAUUGUUUGAAAAAAAGUAAGAAUGUAAUAUACCUAAUCAGAAGUUGUUAAUAUCUUUGCCAUUUUGACCUUAUGAUGCAGAGAUAACUUUUCUUUUUGAAUGUAGGUGACCUCAAGAAUUUUGUUUUGUUAAUUGAUGUAAUCCAAAUUAGUAAUCUUCUGGAGAUAGAUAUUCCUCAGGUUUUGUGUCACUAAAUAACAAAAUGAUAAAAGUUUGUUGUUAAAAGCCAUAUUUGUAAGGUUGAUUUCAGGAAGGGCCAUUUACAAAUGUGCGGUGAUAUUGAUUUAGAGAUACUUUUAAAAUAUUAAGGUUUUGAGGGUCAUUGUAAAUUAUGUGGUAAUUUCCCCUUUUAAAACAUCAAAAGACAAGUAUUGCUGUGUAUUUAAUUUUAGAUUCAGAUUUUUUUUUUUUUUUGCCAUUUUUGUGGAUCCAUCCUUCUAUGACUGUACUAACUACUACUUAUCUUUUUCGUAUAAAACUGUGAUGAUAAGACAUUUAAAUGUUUCUCUAUGUUUUUACUAUUUGAAUUUGGAAAUCAAAAUUGUCAUGAAAAAUCAAAUGGCUAGUCCUCAAACAUUGUAUGACAGUGAUGUGUUGGAAAUUGUACAUUCCAUUAGAUCAGAGGUUUUCCAGCCAUUUAAAUAACUGCUUCCCUUUUGAAUAAAAAGUUCUGGUAGAGUGGCAAAGAGAUUUGGUUUCACUUUGGCCAAUGUUCAUACCCAGUACUCGAGCACAAAUAUAUACAGAAUUGUCUAUAAAUGUUUUUAUUAUAAACAUAUGUAGUGAUUAUCUUAUUUAUAAUAAUGAUAAUUUAUAAUAUCAACCAAUGGUUAUUGCAUUUGAGGAGAUUGACUAAGUUUAUUGUUCAUUAGCAAAAGACCAUCUGAACAUUUGCUCUAAGAAUUACAAGGAGUCUUCAUGAAACCAAGAUUGAGAUACAAGUUCUUCACCCUUAAACAAUUCCAUAAAUCAAUUAAAUUACUUUAUUGAUAUUUUCUUCAUAAAAUAAAUUAUUUAACAAAAUAUUUCAUUAGGGAAAUAAUUGUUUAGCGAUUGGUAUAAAAAAUAGCAGUCCCUAGACACAAUUGUAAUAUUUAUGAAUGAAUAUAAAUGUAUAUUUUAUAAGUUAAAGUAAUAAAAAGAAAACAAAGGCUAAGAAUUUAGAGAUUUUACAUUCAUGAUUGCCAUGCAAAAAAUUAAUUUUGGUAUGUGUAAGUCAACAUUAGGGGAGACCUUUGCCUCUGGCAAUAUGCAAUGGGGAUCGAGGAUCCAAUUAAAAGAUAACGUACACUCUCAGUUUUCAGAUGACACAUCACUCACCUCUGUAGGUGGUCUGGGGACUGCUCAAUCAGUACUAAAUGCUGAUACAAGCUCUUUAUAUACUAUGAUGGUGCAUGAAUUUUAAAUAGUAUUUUGAUUUAUUUAGACAACACUGAUGAUCAGAAGAACCAGAACAUCAUGAAUGAGUGAACAUUGCGAUUAGACAGAAAAACACAUCCUUAAUUUAAAGAGUUGUUAAUUCUUAAUUGUGUUUAUACAGUAAUGUCAGUAUAUUCAGUUAAUGAAUAAGAGCUGACAGUAAUCACAAUGCAGCUUGUUAAUAUAAUGGUACAGGCUCAGAUGCUUGAUGUUGUUUAAAUUAUUUUGUACUUACUGUAGUACUUAGGUGGUCAUGGGAAAUCUCAAUCACGUGCAAAAUUGAACAAUAAUACAAUUAAUCGUAGCAUUACUAAUGGGGAUCUGGAAGGCCCACCAAUGAGUUUGUCUUUUACAGAUUUCAAUUUUUUAGGAAGUUGAAAAUCAUUGAUAUUAUUUAUUAUAAGCUUUCUAAUCAAACUGUGCUGAAUAAAUCAUAAGCAAUUGUUAUACUUUAAAUGAACAUUACACCGUCUUAGAAUGUAAAGAAACAAAAAUCAUGACUAUUCACUUGAGAACUGAACAUACAGAAUAUGUUUUGGAAAUAUUUAAGACUAAUAAAAUAUUAAUAGUUUGUCUUAGAAUAAUAGUAAUAAAUUAUUACGUUAUGGAGAUAAUUAUGCCUUUAUUUCACACAAAAAUGUUUUAGGUAUUGUAAUUAAAUAGAAAAUAUUGAUGUAAGAGAUUCUUUUUAUUGAGAAAUAGAUGUUUUUUUUAUAUGAAUGAAUGCAUAUGUAUAUUAUUAGUUUUAUCUGAAUGCAUAUGCAUAUUAUUAGUUUUAUCUAUUAAUUUAUCAAAAACAUCAAUAAAAUGAAAUUUUAAGGAGUGGGCUCUGAAGCCCCUUCACAGUAAUGCAGGAGUCCACGCAUCCCUUGGUAUUGCAAGGAUAAAGAACAGAAAUCUAUUUUAAUGACGGGAGUUGCAUUCUUUACCAUAAUUACUUCAGAUUAUAAUAAUAAUAAUCAUAUUGUAAAAAUCUCUACCAACAUCAGUGCUAAAACAAUUGUUAAUAUUAACAUUUUAAUUAAAACAUCCAAAUUCUGUUAUUUUAAAUUGAAAUUUCCAAUUGGUGUUAUGUGAGCCAGCCUACACUACACUGCCUUCUCCCCAACUAUGGCAUUGAUGCUCUGGAUAUCUAUUUUUGCAUUAAUAAACAGAAAGUGGACAGAUUUGUUGCUUCUUGCUUCAAUAAUCUAUUUGUGAUCUUGAGAAAAUAUUAAGAAAAUGUAAAUUGUGUAAUAAUAUUUAUUGAAUGUUAACAUCUGCAACAAGAAGGUACAAUAGCCUAAGGAAAGACGAUAGAUUAUUCUCUUUUAUGAGAAACCAUAGAAACAAACCCUAUAAGUGUAUUGGUACCUCCAGCAUUGAACAGUGAACAGCAGGGAUAUAUCUAAGCAUUUAAAAUAAAACACAUUCAAGUUAGCAGAUUAUGACAUAUUAGGAUCAUCAAGCUCACGUGCAACCAGCAAAUCAUAUUAAGCUGUCACACAUCUUUACCAUCAUGCGUAACUUAGGAACCAAUGUGUUCUAAAGCGUUAAAUCCUGUUUUUUGCUACAAUUAAUAUUUUCUAUAGUGUAAUUACAAAAUAAUAUCUUAUGGAUGUUCUAUUAUGUUUAUUGAUGGUUCUGUCACAUGGAUUGCUAGAAACACUGGAAGUUUGUUCCCAUGUGAAGCUAUUUUCACAUUUAAGACAAUGAUUUAAAAAGUUUGAUUUUUUGGCAAUUGCAAUUCUGUCUCAGAGUUUUUGCUCUUC